AUGUUCAGAAGAGAAGGCAAAGCCGCCAAGCUGCUCUCGACGCACGGCAUGUUCUUGACAUCCUUCCCGCGCCCGUCGCCCCUCCUGCUCGGCCUCUCCGUCGUCAUCCUCACGGCUGCCUACUUGUGGGCGUUGUUCAACCGGCCCGUGGUCCCAGAUUGGAAGCGCGAGCAGGAUCCCCACGCAUACGGGUUCCCCUCGUGGUAUGCUGGAGGGCCAGCUCCCGACGACCACCCACCAUUGUCAAAGCAGCAAGGCCAGGAGCCGCUCGACAUUCUCCUCUUCAUUGCAGACAACUCGUCGUCAAUACCAGCAGCACUCUACACGUACCGGCUGCUCGAGCGGUCAACAGCGGUCAAUGUCAAAGCCGUAGCGCCAUUCUCCCCAUCAUGGAAUGGCUCUCUUGGGUUGGCUGAGAACCUCAAAGAUGCAGGUUGCAGGCGCAUCCUAUGGCGCAUCGGCAACGACGAUACCGAGCUCAGCUCAGCGUGUCCCGACUCCACGGUGAUCAACCAAAUAGGGGCCCAUAUUCAGCGACGGCCCGUCGUCAACGCGCGAGCAAACAUCACGUUGACAGCCGACCCUCAAGCCCUGCUCUCCCAGGAUUUGGCCUAUGAAGCCAUGGUGGAGCGCCUGGGAUCCAACUGGGAGAUGGGUCUACUGGCGCACAUUCUGCCUGCACCACCAUGUAUUCAACCCUCGUACCCGUGGCCGCGCUUUGCGGGUAGUCACGUACAUCCCACGGCCCACAACCCCAAAACGAGAGUGGCCCAAGAUGCCGAGGGGCCGACAAUACGUCCUCAGCAGCCCCCCCCUGCACGUGUACUUCGCAGCGACGAAGAUCCCUUCGAGGAAUCAUCUGCGUUCUCGAAGUGGUGGAGCAAGUAUGAAGAACGACGUGCAUCGGACUUGGCAAAGUCUGGUGUCUGUCUUUUUGAAGGAUGGCAGGACGGCACUGUUGACACCCGGAUGGCCGAAGCCAUGCUCUCUGGAUGCAUUGUGGCGACUGUGCAGCCGGAUGUCGAGCACAGCGAGCUGUCCAAGCUUACUGUGCGUCUGCAAAAGACUGCCGAUGCGGUGCCGGCCGCGCAGAUCGAAGCUGUCUUGCGGCAGCUGACCGAUGCCGACCUGUCCCGGAUGGCGCUGCAAUCGUUUGUGUAUGCUCGCCGGAACUUGGUCGGCAACGCAAUGCUCGGCAACGUCGUGGACGUACUUGGACGCUUUAACCGCGGAGCGCGGGGCUAUGUUUUUCCGAGCAGCUUUAGAACCAUGGUCAAGUACAUCCUCGUGUGUGGUGGUGUCAUCUCUGGCAUUGGCAAGGGUGUCAUUGCCUCGAGCACCGGCCUUCUCCUCAAGACUGCCGGCUACAAGGUCACGUCGAUCAAGAUUGACCCGUACAUGAACAUUGACGCGGGUACGAUGGCCCCGACCGAGCACGGUGAGGUCUACGUCCUCAACGAUGGCGGUGAGACCGAUCUCGACCUCGGCAACUAUGAGCGUUACCUCGACGUCUCGCUUGGCAAGGACAACAACCUUACCACUGGCAAGGUCUACCAGCACGUCAUUGAGCGCGAGCGCCGUGGCGACUACCUCGGCAAGACGGUCCAGAUCGUGCCCCACUUGACCAACGCCGUGCAGGACUGGGUCGAGCGCGUCGCCAAGACCCCCGUGGACGAGACUGGCGAGGAGCCCGACGUCUGCAUUGUCGAGCUUGGCGGCACUGUCGGUGACAUUGAGUCUGCUCCCUUCAUCGAGGCCAUGCGCCAGUUCCAGUUCCGCGUCGGCCCCGAGAACUUUGCCCUCAUCUACGUCUCUCUGAUCCCCUUCAUCGGCGGCGAGCAGAAGACCAAGCCCACUCAGGCCGGUAUUCGUGACCUCCGUGGUCUCGGUCUCGUCCCCGACCUGAUUGCGUGUCGUUGCGAGGUCCCUCUUCUCCCUCAGACCAUGGAGAAGGUCUCCAUGUUCUGUCACGUUUCCCCCAAGCAGGUUCUUGGUGUGCACAACGUGACCUCGACCUACCACGUCCCUCUCCUCCUCCGUGACCAGGGUCUCAUCACCUUCCUCCAGAAGCGUCUCGAGAUGACCAACAUCCCUGUCCCCGCCGAGAUGGCCUCCAAGGGAGACCAGCUCCUCCAGCGCUGGAAGCAGAUGUGUGUUGGAUCCGAGCGUUUCUUCGACUCGGUCUCCAUCGUCCUCGUCGGCAAGUACACGUCUCUUGAAGACUCGUACAUGAGCGUGGUCAAGGCGCUCGAGCACGCCGCUUUGCGCUGCGGCCGCAAGCUGGAGCUUCACUGGGUUGAUUCCGGUGAUCUCGAGCCUGAGAUGGAGGAGAGCGACCCCGUCCGUUACCACGACGCUUGGCGAUCGCUUUGCUCGGCAAAGGGUAUUCUCGUCCCCGGAGGUUUCGGUCAGCGUGGAACCGAAGGGAUGAUCACUGCCGCCAAGUGGGCCCGUGAGCAGAAGGUUCCUUACCUUGGUAUCUGCCUGGGUUUCCAGAUCGCUGUCAUCGAGUGGGCUCGCAACGUCUGUGGCCUCAAGGACGCCAACUCGGCCGAGCUGUCCAAGACGACCCCUCACCCCGUUAUCUGCUUCAUGCCUGAGGUUUCCAAGACGCACAUGGGCGGCACUAUGCGUCUGGGUCUUCGCCCUACAAUCUUCGAGCCCGGAACCGAGAAGAGCGCUCUCCGCCGGUUGUAUGGCAACAAGAACGUGGCUUGGGAGCGCCACCGUCACCGUUACGAGGUUGAGCCCAACUAUGUCGAGCAACUGGAAACCCCCGGCGGUCUCCGUUUCGUUGGCAAGGAUGAGCGCGGCGAGCGUAUGCAGAUGCUCGAGAUUGAGGGCCACCCCUACUUUGUCGGUCUUCAGGCCCACCCCGAGUUCUGCUCGCGCCCCCUCAACCCGUCCCCUCCCUUCCUUGGACUGGUUGCUGCUGCUUGUGGCCUUCCUGUUCUCGAGGAGCACAUUGUUGCGAGUGCCAACUACAAGGCUCCCCAUCCUGAGAGUGCCAAGUUUGUUCCAGCGAGCGAGGCCGUCACUGCCAGCGCCAAGGGCCGGAAGCAGGCUGUCGAGGGCGUCAAGGUGCUCGAGGGUGACGGCAACGUCGUCGACGCAGACAAGGUCGAGGUUGCCCUUGUUGGUUAAUAGUGAAGACUUUUUAGAUGUACAUCAUGGCACGUAACA